AUGAACGGGGAAGGAAAGGAAGGAGCAGUGAAGAUGGAGGUGAAUAAUGAGAGAUUGGUUUUUAUGUGGGGAUAUUUACCUGGUGCUUUGCCGCAAAGGUCGCCAAUUUUGUCUCCGCUUGCUGUUAGGUCCACGGUGUAUGCGUGGAAGGAUGUUUGUGGCGGCGGUUGCGGUUUUGCCAUGGCCAUUUCUGAGUCUGGAAAGCUCAUUACGUGGGGUUCUACAGAUGAUCUAGGUCAAAGCUAUGUCACAUCCGGGAAGCAUGGGGAAACUCCUGAGGCUUUCCCUCUCCCAACCGAGGCUUCCAUUGUAAAAGCUGCAGCUGGUUGGGCGCAUUGUGUAGCAGCUACAGAAAAUGGAGAAGUCUAUACAUGGGGAUGGAAAGAAUGUAUUCCCUCAGGGAAAGUUUUCGGAGAUCCAUCAAGGCCGGGAGGAUUAGAAAAGGAUGCGUUUGAAAGACAGAAUCUGUUUUUCACAGAGCAAGUCAGCCCCCGCUCUCAAGGCUCGAGGUCUAGCGGUGGAAGUGGAACCUUGUCUGGGGUUGAUAGCAGAGGAAAUGGAGAUGAAAGUACAAAGAGGCGGAGAAUAUCAUCAGCAACACAAGCAGCCGAAAGCUCAUCUGCUGGAGAUGAAACGCUCUCAGCAUUGCCAUGUCUAGUAACACUUAACCCGGGAGUGAGGAUUGCCACUGUUGCUGCUGGCGGGCGCCACACUUUAGCAUUGUCAGAUAUAGGACAGGUGUGGGGUUGGGGCUAUGGUGGCGAAGGGCAACUUGGUUUUGGCUCCCGGAUACGUAUGGUGUCCUCUCCUCAUCCCAUACCAUGCAUUGACUCUGCUUAUGGAAAAGAUAGAGCUGUAGUGCUUUCUCGAGGGAGCAUGACUUCAGAGGGACAGGGUUUUAGAGUUCCUGGAAGUUAUGUUAAGGGGAUCGCAUGUGGAGGUCGACACAGUGCAGUAAUUACAGACGCUGGAGCACUACUUACUUUUGGCUGGGGACUCUAUGGACAGUGUGGUCAAGGAAGCACAGAUGAUGAAUUAAGCCCAACUUGUGUAUCUUCCUUGCUGGGCAUUAGGAUAGAGGCAGUUGCUGCAGGGCUAUGGCAUACCAUUUGUGUUUCUGCUGAUGGUGAUGUCUAUGCAUUUGGUGGGAAUCAGUUUGGACAGUUGGGAACUGGUGGUGAUCAAGCAGAGACUCUCCCCAGACUCUUGGAAGCUCCAAGCUUGGAAAAUAUACAUGCAAAAACAGUUUCUUGUGGGGCUCGCCACAGUGCUAUGAUCACAGAGGAUGGAAAAGUGUUUUGCUGGGGCUGGAACAAGUAUGGCCAGCUUGGCUUGGGUGAUGUGAUUGACCGCAACAUUCCUUCUCAAGUUAACACUGAUGGCUGUGUCCCUAAAAAUGUAGCAUGUGGCUGGUGGCAUACCCUCCUUCUGGCCGAGUCACCUACUUGA